UGGUUGGUCCAAUAUAUUCAAAUUUACUUUCACCAAAAAACAUUACAAGUAUUCAAUUUUAUUAUUGGUACUGUAUUAUUUUUCAAUUUUCAUUUUUAAUUUAAUGAACUCGAACCUCACCUCUGUCGUCUUCCUCACUCUGAAAAAAGUAACAACAACCACCACCGUUACCGCCGCAAUCACCUCCUCAAACACACCGUCGUUUUAACAAGCUAUCAAGAUCCACCGCGGAAAUCGAUUUAUUCCUACUCUUUGAAGAAUCACGUUCUCAUCUUCAUCGCGCUCGCUCAAUUUUGGUACCUUCUUUCCUCCAAUUCAAAUUCGCGUUGCGAUUUCGAGUGGAAUUCGUCAAUUGUUUCAUCUGCUGCUUUAGUUUCCAGUCAAUCGGUGAUUAACAGAGUGAAUUGCUGCUGUUUUUUAUUUGCUGGUGCAAGGGUUUCUGCUUACAUCUCGGUGCUCGAGUUUUUCUGUAGCUUGUUGACGCCUAAAUCAGACGAUUCGUUACAGCAGUUAUAGCGAUUUGUGUUAGAAUUAGGGUUUUCGGCAGGGUUUUAUAAGGUUUAUAUGGGAAAGGUAGAAUUAGCCUGGUUUAGUUGCUUUGAAUUUGAUCCAACUGAAAUUAGGGUAUUGCUUUGAUGAUAGUAGAUUGAGGAUGGUGAGGCUUUUAGGGUUUGCUCGUGGUUAUGCAGAUGAACCCCGGGAAAUUGAGUCAAAGUCAAACCUGAACAGUGACUCUAGUGAAAAUGGAUGGCUUAUUAGAUUCUUUGAUUCUUCAUUUUUCUGUGAAUGGAUUGCGGUUAGCUACUUGUACAAGCAUGAUCAUGCUGGAGUGCGUGAUUAUCUUUGUAAUAGAAUGUACACUCUUCCCUUGCAAGGGCUUGAGAGUUAUUUGUUUCAAAUAUGUUACAUGAUGAUACACAAGCCUAGUCCAUCGUUGGAUAAGUUUGUGAUAGAUAUGUGCUCAAAGUCGCUUAAGAUUGCUUUGAAGGUGCAUUGGUUCUUAAUGGCAGAGUUGGAGGACAAUGAUGAUAAUGAUGGGAUUAGUAAUAUUCAGGAGAAGUGUCAGACUGCAGCCACCUUGAUGGGUGAGUGGCCGCCUCUGAUACGGCCUCAGACUGAACCUCCGAGUCCUGGAGGUAAAAGCCAAGUUUUGAAUAGGUUACUUUCCUCUAAAAAUCGUUUGUUGUCAUUAACAACCUCACCACCUAAGUCUUUGUCAUUUUCAUCUUCACCGGCAAAUAAUUUGCAAGAGGAUGGUAAUCCGCUGUCUCCUGAGGAGAACAGGAUAUUUAAGAAGUUUAUGCCAAGUCCAAAGUUUAGAGAUGCUUUGCUUUUUAGAAAGUCAGCCGACAAAGAUGACGGUGAUUCUGAAAAGGAUGGGUUUUUCAAAAGGCUUUUAAGAGAUAGCAAAGGUGAUGAUGAGCUUGGCCAAAAAAUUCGUGAUGCAUUUCAUUUUCGGAAGUCGUCCGAGAAAGAUGCCUUGGACUCCGAAAAGGACAGUUUCUUUAAAAGGUUCUUAAGAGACAGUAGGGACAGUACUAGAGGUGAUGAUGAAGAAUCUGAAAAGGAUGGUUUCUUUCAAAGGAUCUUAAGGGACAGUAGAAGCGAAGACGAAGAUGUGACCUCAAGUUCAGAAGGAUUUUUUAAGAAGUUGUUUCGGGAUAAUAAAAGUGAUUCUGAGGACAGAACAGAUACAAAAUCAGUGGAUGAUGAAGAGAAAGAUGGACUUUUCCGUAAGUUUUUCCGGGAGAAAUUCGAAGAUAGGAAGGAUGGGCGUGAUAGAAAUGACAGUAAAAAUGUUGUUAUUUCUGAAGAGAAAUGUCCAAAACCCGAAGAAGAGGAUGAAAAAGAUGGGUUUUUCCGGAAAUUCUUCAAGGAUAAAUUUGAGGACAAGAAAGACACAAAAGAUAAAAUUGAAGAAGGAACUGCCAAUGGUGAGGAAGACGAGCCUUCUGAGCUUUCCUUGUUCAAAAGAUUAUUCCGUGUGCAUCCUGAAGAUGACAAAAGCAGUCCACCCAAUGAAAAUAGCAACAAUGGGGGCUUAUCUCAAAGUAGUCCAGGUACAGAGAAUUUUUUCCGCAAAUUGUUCAAAGAUCGUGAUCGUUCAAUUGAAGAUUCAGAGCUAUUGGGAUCAAAGAGACAGAAAGAGAAGCAUCCUGGGUCCCCAAUGCCACAAAGUGAAAAAUCGAGCACAAAGCCCCCAUUACCGGUUAAUCCAUCUCAGUUCCGGAGAGGGGCAUACCAUGACUCGUUGGAGUUUGUGCAGUCACUAUGCGACACAUCAUAUGGGUUAGUGGAUGUUUUUCCAAUUGAAGAUCGCAAGAGUGCUCUUCAUGAGUCGCUUAGAGAGAUCAACGUGCAUGUAGCAAAGGUUCAGAACACUGGAGGAGUAUGUUUUCCACUGGGAAAAGGCAUGUAUCGCGUGCUUCAUAUGCCAGUAGAUGAAGCUAUUCUCUUGAAUUCUAGGGAGAAGGCACCUUACAUGAUCUGCAUUGAAGUUUUGAAAUGUGAAAUGCCAAGUAAUUUCAAGGAAACAUCCAGCUCUCAGAAGCUUUCUCAAGGUGGAAUUCCUUUGGCAAAUGGAGAUGCUUUCUUGCAAAAACCACCCCCUUGGGCUUAUCCAUUAUGGACAGCACAAGAGGUGUACCGUAAUAGCAAUGAUAGAAUGUCCAGAUCGACUGCUCAAGCAAUUGACCAGGCAAUGACUCAUGUAUCUGAGCCAAAAUUUGUUAGCCUGAUUCUUUCGGUGGAAACACGGUAUAAUGGUCAGGCAGGGAAGACUUAUAGAGAGGGUGCACAUGGAGCAGCAGGAGCAGAACAUGACAGUGAUCUGGAAUGGGUACAAGUAGUGUUGACAGCUGAUCCUGGGGUUAGAUUGGAAGAUAUUGAGGAUCAAGCACCGCCUCGGAAAAAGGAACAUCGCCGUGUUCCAAGUACAGUGGCAAUAGAAGAAGUAAAGGCUGCAGCAGCAAAAGGGGAAGCGCCUCUUGGACUCCCUUUGAAAGGUGCUGGCCAAGACUCAUCAGAUGCACAACCGAGGGCCAAUGGAAUUACCCCCAAAGCCAGUGAUGCCUUGUCUGGUGAACUUUGGGAGGCAAAGAAAGAUAGGGUACGCAAGGCUUCGAUAUACGGGAAGUUACCUAGUUGGGAUUUGCGAUCGGUUAUUGUAAAGAGUGGAGAUGAUUGCAGGCAGGAGCAUCUGGCUGUUCAACUAAUUUCUCACUUCUAUGAUAUUUUCCAAGAAGCUGGUCUACCGCUUUGGCUGCGCCCUUAUGAAGUUUUGUGUACUUCUUCUUAUACAGCUCUCAUUGAAACAAUUCCAGAUACGGCUUCUCUACACUCGAUCAAAAGUAGAUAUCCCAACAUCUCAAGUUUACGUGAAUUCUUCGAUGCUAAAUAUCAAGAAAAUUCUCCAAGUUUUAAACUUGCCCAGAGGAACUUUGUUGAGAGCAUGGCUGGAUAUUCGCUGGUGUGCUACUUUCUACAGGUGAAGGAUAGGCAUAACGGGAACCUUCUAUUGGACGAAGAGGGUCAUAUCAUUCAUAUUGAUUUUGGCUUCAUGCUUUCCAAUUCACCUGGUGGGGUUAAUUUUGAAAGUGCACCUUUUAAAUUAACACGCGAGCUUCUUGAGGUCAUGGAUUCUGAUGCCGAGGGUCUGCCAAGCGAGUUCUUUGAUUAUUUUAAGGUUUUAUGCAUUCAAGGCUUCCUCACUUGCCGCAAGCAUGCCGAGCGCAUUAUUCUUCUUGUUGAGAUGUUGCAGGAUUCAGGGUUCCCAUGCUUUAAAGGUGGUAUACGGACGAUACAGAACUUACGAAAGCGAUUCCAUCUCAGUUUAACAGAAGAGCAAUGUGUCUCCUUGGUGCUUUCUCUAAUUAGCAGUAGCCUCGAUGCAUGGAGAACACGGCAGUAUGAUUAUUAUCAGAGGGUUUUGAAUGGAAUAUUGUGAGAUAAUUUGUCAUUGGUUAUAAUUUGGUUGUUCAUUUUGACCAAAGCUUGCCCGGUGGAUGCUCAUCAAUUAGCAUUACAUUUAGAGGUCACUAGUGGAAGUGGUUGGUUCACUAUGGAAUGGCUUUAAGUUUUGAGGGAGGAAAGGAUUAAUAGGUGGUGGUAUGCUGCCUCAUUUUCUCCCGGUUCAAAGAAGACACUAACUUGCCAAAAACUUCAACAUAGACCAUGUUAAAUUUAAUGAAGCCUGGUCUUUUUUAUUUCCUCCUUCGCUCCAUGUUAAUGGAACUCUGCUGCUUGAAGAAGUUGCAUUAGCCUCCUAAAUGCCGAUAAUGCAGUGUACAGUGAUUUUUAGUGUGACAGAUCACAUUUAAAUUGAAUGUCAGAGAAGGGCUUUGGGUAAACUGACUGUUUCGUCUACAGUCUUGUGGUGUGCUGUAAGUGUUGAACAGAUACUGACCUUUUACAAUUUGAACGGCCAUGUGAAGCGGGUCUUGGGCAGACCAUAAUGUUGGCCAACCGCUCUCUGUAAUGUAUCCUUGAUCUCAGCUGUUCAAGGGGGGCUAUCUUCCAGAGUCGAUUUUUCAAUACUUUACUAUGGAGAAUUGUGACCAAAUUCUUCAUUGAUGUUUGAUUGUAACCUGUGUAAUUGAUCCUGUUUAUUUUCAUGGUGAAAUUUGUUUCACCUUCAUAUUGUCAUGUAAAAUAGUUAAGGUUUGAUGGCAUUGUUUCUGUAUCACAGUUUUACUUUAGCUGUUGAA